AGUCAUCGCAUUGAAUCAUCCACCUGUCGCGUUCGGCAAAAGUUUAGUUUUACUGGAGCUAAUCGUAGUAGGCCUACCUUACUGUUUUUGUUACCACUAACUUCAGACCAUGCAAACGUUCUACCGUUUUUAGGAGCUGGGUGACAUGGACAAUCUAACCUAGGCCUACAAUCAGUAGGCUAGCGUGUGUUAGCCUACUUACUUACAAGGAACUACAGUGUCUGUCAACUUCGAAUGUUUGCUUUUGGAUCCAUGAAUUUACCCGACAUGUAGGCCAGUGAUGUGGUCAGUCGUACCAACAUAGGGGAAAUGUAUAAUUCCUAUGUAAUUACGACGCAAGGUUCGGUAGGAGGAAACUGAAACUGUCGAUGGCUAUGAGGCAGCUGAAUUUGUUGGGAUCCCUACUGAUCAUUCUUCAGUUUAGUAUAAACACUUCUGCUCGCCUGAAGAAGUUGGAAUAUGACUCGCAGAACCCCUUCAACCUAUCCGAGGGUCUGUCGGUCUGCGCCAUGGAGAGCAUGUUUCCUCUUCUGUUGCCAUGGCCACACUCUAUGAAGGUGCUCAGCAUCCAGGCCGAAGUCUGCCUUUGCUCUACAAAGAGCAGUAUGAGUAUGUAUGAACUCUGUCUACAAGUGCAGUUAGAGCUCAGCAUCACUAAUGACUCCUUCCCUGGAAGUGAUGAUGAUGGUGGUGGUGAUGAUGAUGAAGAUGAUGGAGAAUACCCCGAGGAAGAAAUCUCAACAGCAGGGGAAAAAGAGGUGGAGCCCCAAACCUCUAUUGCAACAAGUGAAGAACCUGCCUCCUUGAAUUUGUGCUACACCAUCGCGCAAGGGCUCCCUCGUUGUUACAAGGUGGCGUGUGCUGUCCACUCUUCACGGAAGCAUCCUAGGCAGACUGAGUGGUUUGGUGUGUUGUUGAAACCGAAGGGUUUGACAGCUGGCAGCAUAGUGCGUGUGACUGCUGAUUCCAUCCGUAAGGUCACAACUACCGUCACAGUACCCACAAUAGCCACAAAUUGUACAGAGUCAAAGCUCAAAGAUUGUGUUGAUCCACCUAAACUGUCAACUGAAGUGGACCUGAGAAAAGGGGAAGUUCAUAUUAAAGUUGAAGGCAAAACGGACAAGGUGAACAUUUGUGUUAAGUCAGAAAGGGCAGGGAUUUGCAAGCCAUUUCCCAGACCCAUUCCACUGCACUCUGUCACCCCCUGCAUGUGCUUUCAGGCAUGGUGGAACAAAAUGGGAAAACGCUCUGAAAACUGUCUCUUUAGGAAAAACUGGCUGCGGACAUCCACAAAGUGCUACGUCAGAAUGUUUUGGCUAACGUCACGGCAUCCGUGGUGCUCAGCCGAACCUACAGCGGCGUGCUGGCUCUGAGCUGGAAGGUGAGUGUGCCGUGCCAGGAGAAGGUGGUCGUGAGGCUGUGCCACCUAGGGCCUGGUGGGACCUGUCGGGAUGUGGAGAAUGGCACCUCGGAAGGAGGUGACGAUUGGAUAAGCAAUGACAAUGGAUCAUGGAGGUUAUCCGGGUCUUUCCUGAAUGUCAGCCCUCACCAUCCUCUUUGCAUUAGG